GUCAGUAACCAUGUGCUCGACGCCACCGUCCCUAUAAGAUCUCGUCGUCCCCCUCUUCCUUCCUUAGAACCAACCAAUGCUUGCUCUCUCCCUCUCCUGAUCGAGAAUUUCUUGAGCUGUUCAUCUGUUCUUGUUCUUUGGGACGAUGUGUAGGUAGAGAUAAGAUAUCGGUCUGAUAGCAGACUUUGUUUGCAUCUUCUUCCAUCUUCGGCACCGAGAGGAGGAGAUGGGUAGCAUGGAUGACUACCCGAGGAAGCCGAGCCAGAGCCAGAGUCCGACGCGGUCCAAGCUCAAGAUCCUGCUGGUGCUGGUGUUGACCAACCUCCUCUCCAUCUACUUGUUCUCCGGCUCCUCCGGCCGCAUCAAUUGGCUGCCGCCGGCUACCCACCUCUGGGACUCCGGCGCGCUGCUCCGCGAGCUGAACGAGACCCAGGGUCUGCUCUCGGCCAGCCAGGCCGAGGUAAUGCUGCUCAGCAGGCGGCUGUCCACCACCAACACCCUGCUCGAGACCCUCCUCACCGACGUCGGCAAGGCCCGGCGCGACGAGGCGGCGGAACAGGACCUGGAGGGGUGGGCGCACCAGCUCACCGGGGAGCUCAAGCUGGCGGUGGGGCCCCACAAGCUACCCCUAGGCUAUACCCCCAACCUCGGCGCCGACGAGCUCUACCCGACGCUCGGCACGGCUUGCCGACGCUACCAGGAGGAGCUGACCCAGUACAUGAGCUACGAGGUGGGCGGGGAGUGCCCGUCCGACGAGGCAUUCGCGCAGCGGCUGAUGCUGAAGGGGUGCGAGCCGCUCCCCCGACGCCGGUGCCACCCGAAGUCCCCGGUGGGCUACGUCGAGCCCACUCCGUUCCCGCAGAGCCUCUGGUCCAUCCCGCCCGACGCCAGCAUCACCUGGGACGCGUACACCUGCAAGAACUACGCGUGCUUGGUCCACCGCAAGAUGGAGAGGGGGACCUACGACUGCAAGGACUGCUUCGACCUGAGCGGGCGGGAGAAGGACCGGUGGCUGUACGACAACGGAGAGCUGGACUACGGGAUCGACGAGGUCCUGGAGGCGAAGCACGGCAGCGUCCGCAUUGGGCUCGACAUCGGCGGCGGCACGGGGUCGUUCGCGGCCAGGAUGAGGGAGCGCAACGUGACCAUCGUGACGAGCUCCAUGAACUUCGACGGGCCCUUCAACAACUUCAUCGCCUCGCGGGGGCUGCUGCCGCUGCACAUCAGCGUCGCCCAUCGCCUUCCCUUCUUCGACAACACCCUCGACAUCGUCCACUCCAUGCACGUCCUCAGCAACUGGAUCCCGGACUCCAUGCUGGAGUUCGCGCUCUUCGACAUCCACCGCGUGCUGCGCCCCGGCGGUCUCUUCUGGCUCGACCACUUCUUCUGCCUCGGCACGCAGCUCAACGCCACCUACGUGCCCAUGUUCCAACGCAUCGGCUUCAAGAAGCUCCGAUGGAGCGCCGGCCGCAAGCUGGACCGCGGUCUCGAUAAGAACGAGUGGUACCUCUCUGCUCUGCUGGAGAAGCCCACGACAUAGACCAGAGUCGACGAGCUGAUGCCACAGUGCUUACCAUGUGUUGCUUUCGACUGACAUCCUUCAUCUUGUUCUUGCAUUGCUCCUCUUCAUACAUACAUUAUCUCUUCCUUU